AUGUUCCAAUUUGAUCCGAGUCUCAUCCCUUCCCUGCGGACACGCAAAGCUCUCUUGGUCAUCGACCUCCAGAACGACUUUGCCUCCCCUACGGGUGCGCUUCCCGUCACCGAGCCCGAGGGGUACAUCGGCCGCAUCCUCGAUGUCGCUGCCGCCUUCCGCGCCUCUGGCGACGGCGACGUGAUCUGGGUCCGCUCCGAGUAUGACGCACCCCGACCCGUCGAGAACGACAACAUCUUGACGAGCGAUGCGCUGCUCGUGCCGUCGAUGCGGAGCAGUACCAGCCGUCUGCGCAGGCUGAGCGUCGACAAGAGCGAGCAGGACGACGAGGCCUUCCUGAGCGGCGGCACCGGUGCCAGCAAGCCCGUCUGCGUCCGCCCCGGCACGUCAGGGGCGGAGCUGGUCGCCGAGGCGGCCGUCGACUCCAAGAGGGACUCGAACCUCGUCAAGACGCAGUACUCGGCCUUUGCGUCGGGCCAGUUGCUCCCUCUGUUGCGCACCCGCCUGGCCACGGAGUUGUACGUCUGCGGGGCGCUCACCAACAUCAGCAUACACGCCACGGCGCUGGAUGCGGCCUCGCACGGUUUCGCCAUGACGCUGGUUGACGAUUGCUGCGGAUACCGGAGCGCGGCGCGGCACGCCAACGCGGUUCGGAACCUGAUGCAGCUGACGGGCUGCGAGACGACGACGGCGCACGACAUGCUGGUCCGAUUCGGGACUUCCGGGCCCGAGCAGCAGCGGCCACAGCAGCGACCACGACCGCCGCCGGGACCCGUGCGGACGGGUGCGAGGGCGACGGGGGAUGCGGGGCGCCCCGGUUGUCCCGGGAGCAAGCUCGUAGGUAGCAGCAGCGACGGGAAAGCGGACAUGAGUGAAGCAUCAUCAUCAUCAUCACCACAGCCGUCCUCGUUGCAGACCGACCCCAGCAUCACCACCAGCACAAACACCCUCCCACAAGCCAUGUCCAAGCUGAAGCUAAGUAGUGACCCGUCUUCACGGUCAGCAGUUGCCGAGCCCGCCGGUCCUCGGCCGGAAACGACUAAGCCUGCGCUUCAGGCCCUGGUGAGUGGCGACGUCGGAGCGGGCGUGGGCAAGCAAGAUGCAACUGCCAUGGACGAGCCGACAACGGACGGUCAUGCGCCGAGCGAGUCGCCGGUAACCGGUCGCGAGCAAGGCCCUUGCAAGUCUGCAGAGAAGUCGGAAACCCCACGGCAAAAAGCGGACGAGUCAAUAAAACGAGUUGAAGCCGCCCCGAGCACCUCAAGGGCAGUGCCGGACGACGACCCUGUGGGACCUCUCUGUGAGGGCGACACCACCAUAAUCCCAGACCUCCUCCCCACCGCGCUCGAGGACGGCAUAUUCGAUAAACUCCGUGCCGAGGUCAGCUGGCUUCGUAUGUCGCACCAGGGCGGCGAGGUUCCCCGGCUCGUGUGCGUACAGGGAGCCGUGUCAGCGACGGAUUCCAGCGUGCCCCUGUACCGGCAUCCGGCAGACGAGGCACCACCGUUGGUUCCUUUCUCGCCGACGGUGCUACAGAUCAAAGAACACGUGGAGCGCCACGUCGGACACGAGCUCAACCACGUCCUCAUCCAGCUGUAUCGCAGCGGGCAGGACUACAUCUCGGAGCACAGCGACAAGACUCUCGACGUCGUGAGGGACAGCUACAUUGCCAACGUCAGUCUGGGCGCCGAGCGGAAAAUGGUGUUCCGGACCAAGCGCGGCGACAGCAGCAAGACGGACAAGGGCGACAAGGAAGGGGAGGGCGGCGACAAGAAGCGAGAAAUAGUCAAGGCCAGGCUGCCACACAACUCGCUCGUCAAGAUGGGGCUGCGCACCAACGCACGCUGGACCCACGCCGUUAAGCAGGACAAGCGUGCUGACCGGGACCGGUCGGCUCCUGAGCUGGCGUUUGGCGGCGCCAGGAUCAGCCUCACAUUUAGACGCAUCGGGACGUUUCUGGACAAGGAGGGGCUCUUGGUCUGGGGCCAGGGCGCGACGGGCAAGACGCGAGCCGAUGCGAAGCCCGUCAAGAACGGGGCUUCGGAGGAGGCUGAGCGCAUGAUUCGCGCCUUUGGCGUCGAGAACAAUACGCCACACUUCGACUGGGAUGCAGUCUACGGCGAAGGGUUCGACGUACUGCACUUCAAGGCCGUGCCGAGGCUGUGGGGGGCUGGAGACGAGACUCGCAACCUGCGGGUCAAGCUGAUGCUGGGCGCGUAUGGUGUUGGGUUUGCUGAUGGUGGGGACCACAACCAUGAGAAGGAUGUUGGAGAAGCCACCUCGGCCGAGGAGCUCAGGUUCGUCGACAACGACGUGGACAAGUCAGACGUGCGGGGCGACCUGGCAGUCAUGCUCUACCUAGAAAGCACAUACGGCAGCCUCUCGGCCGGCAAGACGGGCUCGCUGGCAACGAGGCUGACACGCUUCGAGCGGGCAAUGGGCUUGUUGGGCAAGUGGCGAGCCACGGGCGGUGGGGACAAGGGUCUGAAAUCGCUCCAGGACGACCUGGCAGUGUUUGACGACUACAUGUCGUCGGGCGCCGAAUAUGUGGCGGGCGGCGAGGCGCCCUCCCUUGCUGACUUUGCGCUGUGGCCUGUGCUGCGGGACAUGGCUGGCUCGGUGGUUGCGAGUGAACAAGGGACCAAUGAGAAGGAGAAGGUUAAGGAAGACGAGGCUUUCAGCAGCCUACUGGAGGGAAUGGGGCUGGGUCGAUUGGGAAAAUACUAUGAGCGAUUUGGGCGGGAGAAGUUUGUAGGGCGGGUCGUGGAGUAG